CUUGCUUGGAGGGGCUCUUGGUGACACUGAUGUGACCCCCCCCCUGCCCGUUGAUUUUAUUUUAUUAUUUUUUUUUGGAAUGAUGGGGAUCUUUUUGGCAUAUGUUGGAUUUGUUUUCUUUUCCGUUUUCUACGUGCAGCAAGGGCUUUCAUCGCAAGCCAAGUUCACCGAGCUGCCGCGGAACGUGACUGCGACCGAGGGCCAGAACGUGGAGAUGGCGUGCGCCUUCCAGAGCGGCUCCGCCUCGGUGUACCUGGAGAUCCAGUGGUGGUUCCUGCGGGGGCCCGAGGACCCGGAGCCUGGCGCGGAGGUGGCCGGUGCGCAGGUGGAGCUGUUGCCCGAGCGCGACCCCGACAGCGACGGGACCAAGAUCAGCACAGUGAAAGUCCAAGGCAAUGACAUAUCUCACAAGCUUCAGAUUUCCAAAGUGAGGAAAAAGGAUGAAGGCUUAUAUGAGUGCAGGGUGACAGACGCCAAUUAUGGAGAGCUCCAGGAACACAAGGCCCAGGCCUAUCUCAAAGUCAAUGCCAACAGUCACAAUCGAAGGAUGCAGGCCUUUGAAGCUUCACCCAUGUGGCUGCAGGACAUGAAGCCCAGGAAGAACGUCUCUGCAGCUGCCCCCAGCAGCCUCCACAGCUCAACCAACCAGCGAAUGCACUCCACCUCCAGCCCUCAAGUGGUAGCCAAAAUCCCCAAACAAAGUCCACAAUCAGGUGCGAGGAUAGCUACAAGCCAUGGACUUUCUGUCCUGCUUCUUGUUUGUGGCUUUGUGAAGGGUGCUUUGCUUUAAUCUAAAGUGCUGACUUUUUUUCCAAUAUCACUUUCUCUUCUUAAAGCAAAGAGCAAAUCGCCUGUAAAAUCUUCGGAGCGGACAGCAAAGUUGACCCUAAACUCCAAGCACCACUCUGCACCCACUGUACUCUAGUUACCUACCUACAUAAGGAUCACCUGCUUCCGGAAGCAUACAUGAAGAGGCUUACCACAUGCUUUGUUCACAAUAUUUUCUUUGGCCAAUCACUGAUUCUUUCUUGCAAGACAAUUAGUGUGAAGUAAUAGGACAUUUUCUAAUAGCAAGAUCUAUUUUUUUCCUUUCUUUUGGCUACUCGGGAGCAUCACGUCAUCUACCUGACUGUCAGGGGUUGGUCUGAACGUCAAUGGGAUAAUAAAUAUUUGCCAUGAUCACUGAUUUCCAACAAAGAGACACAUAUCUUCAAGGAAGCAAACAGAUCUAAAGGAAAACAGAAUACAAGCUAUCAAACAAAACCCCCAUUUGAGGGUGCAGGAUCAAAAAUGACCAAUGCUACAAAUCAGCAAGAACCUGCUUUGAAAUAAUAACUAACAAAAGAAGUAGUUUUGUUUAUCUUUGCUCUUUUUUUAAUUUUUUGGAUUUUUCUUUUUCUUGAUUAUAUUUGUUGUUCAAUGGUGACAAGUGUUGAUUGUGGCCAAUCCCUGUCAAUCUUGGGAGGUUACUAUAAAUACAUUUGAGUGUUCUCUCUUUCAAUGUAUUUUAAUUCAUUUUGCAAUUCCUGUAUAUGCAAACUUGAUCCAUUCUGUAAAUUGCUUAUAGUAUGUGUGAUACAACUUCACAAUAGAUAGACUAUGAUCCUCAUGCAAGCUGAUUUUUAUCAUUAUAUAUAUAAAUAAAUGCAUAUGAAUAUCUCUA